AUGGCUUCAUAUUUGAUUACCGGUGCCUCUCGAGGUCUUGGACUGGCAUUGGUCUCUCGAUUGGCAAUGUUACCCCCAACAGAAGUGGGAAAGAUCAUUGCCACUGCACGCUCUGAUAACUCGCCUACAUUGAAGGAGCUCGUGAGUAAUUCACUCGGUCGGGUCGAGUGGGUUAAGUUGGAUGUUUGCGAUCAGAGCAGUAUACUGGCAGCUGCUGGCGAAAUAGACGCCAAAUUAAAAGGCAAAGGACUCGACUACCUUGUGAACAAUGUUGGCACGGCAGAUUGGGGCUCAAAGGGACUCGAGGGAAUGAAUAACAUCGACGAGGUCUUUCAUACUAAUGUUACUUCCACUCACAUGGUGACACAAGCAUUACUCCCUCUUUUGCGCAAAGGGACUAAGAAAACAGUGGCCAAUAUAUCGACUACUGUAGGCUCUUUCGCCAAAGCCAAGGCCUUCUGGGCGUCACCUGUCCCUGCUUACAGAGUGACAAAAGCGGCCCUGAAUAUGUUGACAGUACAAUAUGCUCAGGAGUACGAAUCGGAAGGAUUUACAGUGGUAGCUGUUAGUCCUGGUUGGCUUCGCACUGAACUCGGUGGCGACCGGGCAGAUCUUCCCGUUGAAGUUGGGGCCGAAAAGACAGUGGAAAUAAUUCAAAACUUAAGACCGUCCGAGAAUGGGAAGUUUUUGAAUAUUCAUGUUCCAGGAUGGGAGAAUGCACAGGGCAAUAACCAGUACUCGGGUGGAGAGACUGGAUGGUGA